AAAAAGAGGGGGGAUAUUAUACGAGUACAACUCAAAGCGUCAAGUUCGCAUCAUUUUCAAGAACCUGCUUGAAAUCUUUUCACGUAAUUUUCGGUAGUUAAUUUGCAAGUUAGGUGAAUUAAUGAUAUAAUUUUACUGGGUGAAACAAUAAUGUCAAAUCCAAAUAUGAAUGUUGGUGGCGUUAAUAUUAAACUCGAAGGAAGUGAAUUGCAGUCUUAUUUGGAAACCUUUAACAAAGAAAUUGGCACAGCAGCAGGCCCUUCGUCUGUUGCUCCGUCAGAACCUGACACAAUUACAAUCAUCCAUGACGAAGAGGGUGAUUCUGGUGGGGAAGAAAUAGAGGAUGACGAAUCUGGAACAUAUUUCAUAGAUUCAUCCGGAAACUACUACUAUCAGGCCACAAAAGAAUCUGAACCAGUUUUGACAACACCACCAGAUUUCCUAACUGAAGACGACAACAAGGACAAGUCAAAACUAAAGGAACGACCAGGAAAUCAGGAUUAUGUGACGAUUAUGCCAUCAGAUGGGAAUUCAGAUGAGGUUAGCUAUGUACUGAUUAUGAAUGGACAGGAUGGAAAGAAUCAAGAGAGUGUAUCGGCAACUGGUGGAAGUGCCAAUGAAGAACAUUUCGAAGAGGAAGCUGAUUACGAGGGUGAAGAAGAUGGCAAUGUGUAUGACUUUGAGGAUGACACAGACAAAAUAAUAGGAUUAUCUGAUGCAGAAGAUGACAAGCAAAAAGUGAUGAAGAUUAUUUCAAAGAGUCAAAUGCAGACAGUGUCCCAUCUUUGCAAUUAUUGCAAUUACACCAGCACAAAGCGAUAUCUUUUAUCGCGUCAUAUGAAAUCACAUUCAGAUGAGCGCCCCCACAAAUGUUCAGUAUGUGAGAGAGGUUUUAAAACCGUGGCAUCUUUACAUAAUCACGUCAAUACUCACACUGGAACCAAGCCCCAUCACUGCAAGUUUUGCAUGAGUUCCUUCACGACGUCCGGAGAACUUGUGCGACAUGUACGCUAUCGUCAUACCCAUGAGAAGCCCCAUAAGUGCUCAGAAUGUGACUAUGCGAGUGUAGAAUUGAGCAAACUUAAACGUCACAUUCGUUGUCACACAGGUGAACGUCCAUAUCAGUGUCCCCACUGCACUUACGCGUCUCCAGAUACAUUUAAAUUGAAGCGACAUUUGCGUAUACACACAGGCGAAAAACCAUAUGAAUGUGAUGUGUGUAAUGCCAAGUUCACGCAGAGUAACUCUCUUAAAGCUCACAAACUUAUACAUAAUGUUGGGGAUAAGCCCGUGUUUCAGUGUGAACUAUGUCCCACAACCUGUGGCCGCAAAACUGAUCUGAGAAUUCAUAUACAGAAGUUACACACAUCCGAUAAGCCCCUCAAGUGUAAACGUUGUGAUGGAUUAUUCCCAGACAGGUACACUUAUAAGAUUCAUACGAAAACACAUGAAGGCGAGAAAUGCUACAAAUGCGAUUUAUGUCCAUAUGCAUCAAUUUCUGCACGUCAUCUCGAGUCUCAUAUGUUGAUCCACACCGAUCAGAAGCCUUUCCAAUGUGAUCAGUGUGAGCAAUCCUUUCGUCAAAAGCAGCUGCUCAAACGACAUAUCAAUCUUUACCACAAUCCAGAUUAUGUGCCGCCAGUACCCAAACCAAAAGGCCAUCAUUGCCCUCACUGCAAUCGCAGUUUCCGACACAAGGGCAAUCUUAUUCGCCACUUGGCUUUGCACGAUCCUGAGUCUUCUGUACAUGAAGAUGCUCAGGCACUAAAGGCCGGCCGCAAGAAGCGUUUGAUAUACCCGGAUGGUGGGUUCAAGAGUGAACAAAUGGAUACAGAUGAAGAGGAAGACCUUGAUGAAGAUGAGGAAAUGCAGGCAGAGGAGAUAAUUGAGGAGGAUGAAACAAAUGAGGAUCAUAAGGGGAAUUUGAUGGUUCAUGAGGAAGAUGAUAAUCAGUAUGUAGUUUUGGAAGUUAUUCAAAUCCCUGAGGAGGAUGAAGAAGAGCAAAAUUCCAGACUCAACGAGGAAUUCCUCUUAACUGAUCAUAUCGAAGAACAAGCUCUUGAGGACAUAGAUGGCAAAAAAAUACAAUUGAAAACAGAACCAGGAACUAAAGAUAUGAAGGAUUGCUUUGGAUUUGAUGAUGAGGAGGAUGAAAGUGAUGUUAGAGGUGCUAAUUCAUCACGAAAAGCGAAGAAAAUAAAUAUUACUUUAAAGAAUUAAAAAAAAACUACUCUUGGUUAAAAAGAAAAAAUGUAUUUCAUUAUUGAAUGUUUGCUUUUAACGUAUAAAUUAUUAUAUAAGUACAUUAGGGCUAUAGAAACCACAAUUAUAAAGAACUCAGAUUUUUCUUUACAAUAUUAAAAAUUAAUAAUAAUGAGCUAUCGUGCGUAGGGUAAGUGAGCCAAAUUUCGGCAUAGUUGUAUGCAAGCGUCAAAGUCUCACGUUUGAAAUGUAAUAUUUUAAAUUAAAAUUGAUUUUUUUUAAUUCUUUCUCCUUAAAGAGUGUUGUUGGGAACCUUGUAAAGAGUUUAUCGUCUCUAUUUACUCUAAUAUCAUUCUUAAUACAUUUUAAAAUGAAUAAAAAUAUAGACAUAGCUUUGGUGUCCUAUUUCGGCCACCUUCAUUCUCAUAGUUCCUUGCCUUUCGGGAAUUCUUCUAAUAUCUUUUUCACGUGAUCUCGUUUGUCGAAGCUACAUUUUUUGUUAUUCUUUUGCAUUGUAUAAUCUCUGGAGUACGUAAAAUCUAAAAGUCCAUGGAAAUUCAAAGAACAAAAAAGGUGGCCGAAAUUGCAAGCUGGCCGGAAUUUGGCACACUUACCCUACACACAUUAAAAAUAGAAAAUAAUCUAAAACCACUAGAUGUAAUAUAUAAGUUUUUUUUUUAAUAUUACAAAAUACUUAAAUGAUAAUUUGUUGGGACAUGUAGAUGGAUUACAUGUAGAACCAGUAGGACACAUUUAAAAUCAUAAGAAAGUUUUUGCAUUGUAUAUAUUGCUCUCAUUACUAAGUUCGAGCAAUAAAAUUUAAAUAGAAAAUAUACGAAAUAACUGUAUAAUAAUA